AUGCGUGGAGAUGCUUGUAUUCCAAAUCCUUGCUUGAAUGGUGGAGCUUGUAUACCAAAUGGAUUUGGUGGAUUUACUUGUCAAUGUCCACCAGGAUUUAGUGGUCAAAGAUGUGAAGAUCGUGAUCCUUGUGCUUCUCAACCUUGCAUGAAUCAAGGCAAUUGUAUACGAGAUAAUGGUGGUUUUCGUUGUGUUUGUCCAUCAGGAUAUUCAGGAAGUCGAUGUGAAAUUCGUGAUGCAUGUCAACCUAAUCCUUGCAUGAAUGGAGGAACAUGUCGACCUAUAAAUGGAAAUGGUGGAUAUCAAUGCAUGUGUCCAUCUGGAUUUACAGGUUUACGUUGUGAAACAAGUAUGUUUAUUUAUUGAAACGUAACAUCUUCU